AUGGUGUCUCCCAAGCAAUCAAAGAAAAGCAAGAAAUAUAGGAAAUUGAAGAAAAACUUAAGCUUGGUUCCAGUCGAGCCUGAAGCCGCAGACUCUGACUGGUGGGAUAGUUUCUUCAACCCAAGACUUGGGGAAUAUACAGACACAGAAACGCAUAGUCGGGCUUUGCUUGUUGUCAUAGACUAUGAAGCCGCAAUCCACCUCUGGAAGGUUGACAAGUUUGACUUUGUUGUCUGCAUGAGUGCCUAUAUCGGCAUUGUUUUUGGCAGCCUUGAAAUUGGACUAGUCUUAGCGGUUUCAAUAUCUGUGAUCAGGGUACUUUUGUUUGUGGCAAGGCCAAGGACUUUUGUUCAAGUAAACCUUCCGAAUUCCAUGGUUUACAGAAAUGUUGAGCAUUAUCCCAAUGCAAGCAAUGUUCCUGGAAUUCUCAUACUUGAGAUUGAUGCUCCCAUUUACUUUGCAAAUACCAACUACUUAAGAGAAAGGAACUAA